AUGAUAACUGACACAAGAUAUAGCCUGAUAGACACUUGUGUGCCAUUCUGAGGGGCUAGUCACUUGGGCCCACUUCUUUUAUUUAAGUCUGGCCAUUUAAAUUCUCUGGCUAACUGCUAGACAAAGAGAAAGACCCGGCUCAUAGUCUCUCUAUACAAAGGAACUUUAAUAAAAGGAGAGGAAUAAACGCUAUAACUAUUCUACAGUUUCAGUUACAAGCCAUGACGAUAGAAGAAGAAAAGAGCACAAGAGGAGCAGCAACAAGCGGGGCUGUACCGCUAAAGACAGCCUCAAACCGCAGCCCUUCGAGUAGAAGCUCUUCUCCUCGGAAAUUCGCUGUAAUCCGCAGCACAGCUGUCGUAGAUCAGAUGUGUACCCUCACGAAAGAAUCCCACUCCACGCUGAACUACAUAACGCCGCACUUUAGAGCAGAAGCAGAAGUACAAAUCGGACCACUGGGAGAAGGAGAGGUGUACACCAUAGGUUGGGUCCAAGCUGUUACCUCCAUGGUCUUCACAAACACUUACCCAACUGGUCAAUCCAGUUGGGAGAUACAGGAGCUCAACACCGGUGAGACUGUGGCCGUAAGCGAUGCAGACGGUCGUAAGUACCCGUGGUACGGGAUUACGACCGAGUGUCAAACGGUCAGCGGCCCCGAUCCUUCUCACAGACGCAUAAAAGUCCUCAUGAAUGACAAUUUCUCUCCAACGGUAAGCUGGGCAGUCCCUGUGGGUAGAGAUCAGCCAGAUGCAUUACAAAGAGUGCAUAGAGACCAAUCAUUCUUGGUGUGGUUAAUAGCUAAGAAUGAAAUCACUGGUGCCAUACAACCCCUGAAGGCAUAUCGCUGGAGAGCCAUUAUCAACAUUGCAGUUGACUGCAGUAGAGAGAUAGGACAAAGAGCUAAAGUGCUGGAGCCUAAGAUACAAGCACAGCCAUUGGAACUAUUUGAUCUACGCAUUCCACAAUCAGCAGUUCAGUCGCCAAGGGCCAACGAAGCACAGAAGUUUGUGUGGAGAACAAGAGAAAGUGAAAUGAUAUUCGAAGUGUCUUGUAACCCACCAUUACCACCAACACUGCAGCCUUGCUUAUCAUCUUCAUCUUUCUCAAGUUCUUCCCUGUCUUCUCUCUCGCCAUCGCCAUCUUCUUCAUCACUCUCACCCUCACCUCCUCCGUCUCUCUCUCCUUCUCCCUCACCCUCUCCCUCUCCCCCAAGCUCUUCAGAGACAAGGUAUUGUGGAUCCUCUAUUCGCUACUCACCCUACUAGAAAGAAAAUAAAAAGAAUUGUGAAGAUAAUGUUUUAUAUAUAAUUUUAUUUAUAUACUAAUACAACACCAAUCCAGUCUGGAAUCCUACCCUCUCCCCAUCUCUCUCUCUCUCUCUCUUUUAAAUUUCUUUUUGUUUUAUAUCAGUUCUAACAUCCAGACUCUCUCUGUCUUUAUUUUUCUAAAACUGUCAUACAAAAUAUCUCCUCACUCUUGUAAUACUUUUAAUAGCACGU